AUGGGAGAACUACCAGCGGCAAGAACCCUGCAUGCGAUGCAAGAAAACCACCACAACUUGCUCACCACUACAAUUGGAAACAAGCAGUUAGCCAGACAGUUCAAAAUGCAUAGCUAUGGAAAGAGCUUCAAUGGAUUCGUUGCAAGACUUUUGCCAAAUGAAGCAGAGAAACUGCUAGAGGAUGACAAUGUGGUAUCUGUGUUUCCUAAUACACGCCGCAAAUUACACACAACAAGGUCAUGGGAUUUUCUAGGAAUGCCCUUAAAUGUGAGGAGAAACCCUGCCAUGGAAAGCAAUAUGGUUGUGGGUGUGUUAGACACAGGUAUUUGGGUUGACUGCCCCAGUUUCAAUGAUACAGGGUAUGGGCCUCCCCCACGUAGAUGGAAGGGUACAUGUAUGACAGGAGGCAACUUCACUGGCUGCAACAACAAGGUGAUCGGAGCAAAAUACUUCAACCUCGACAAGAGCAGUCCACCGAUAGAGAACCCAAGUCCGGUGGACUACCAGGGCCACGGCACUCACACGGCCUCCACAGCGGCAGGCGGAACAGCAGCGGGUGCAAGCCUGUACGGUGUCGGCGAAGGCACAGCACGUGGUGGCGUACCAUCUGCGCGUGUUGCAAUGUACAAGGUAUGCUGGAGCAUAGGGUGCAGUGACAUGGACAUGCUUGCUGGGUUCGACGAGGCCAUAGCGGAUGGCGUGAACGUGAUAUCAGUGUCGAUUGGAGGUCCUUCACGUGACUUCUUCACUGACCCGAUUGCGAUUGGAGCAUUCCACGCUAUGAGCAAAGGGAUUCUCACUUCUUGCUCUGCUGGGAAUGAUGGCCCUCGCCCUACCACCGUUGAGAAUGUUGCUCCCUGGAUUUUGACUGUUGCCGCUUCCUCCAUUGAUAGACAAUUCACUACACUGGUAGCUUUUGGAGAUGGAAAGAAAGUCAUGGGACAAUCCAUUAAUACAUUCGCCCCUCGGAAAAGGAUGUAUCCUUUGACUAGUGGAGUUCUAGCUGCCAACCGUAGUGGGGAUGGCUAUGGCAGUCCGAGUGGUUGUGAUUAUGGGACUCUAGACAAGAACUUGGUGGAGGGAAGAAUAGUGUACUGCCUUGGGGGAACGGGCAGCCAGGACCUGACCAUUAAACAACUAGGGGGAGCAGGGAUCAUCAUUGGCCUUCAAGACAAAGUAGAAGGCUCUUACACCACAGUAAUUCCUGGAUCAUAUGUUGAUGCAAAUACUGAGGGCAAAACCAUAGAUCUCUACAUUAAUUCCACACAGAAUGCACAAGCAGUUAUAUUCAAGACAGGAAGCACACAAAUCCCAGCUCCAUAUCUUGUUUCUUUUUCAGCAAGAGGUCCUCAACUCAUCACCAAAAACAUUCUCAAGCCUGACUUGGCUGCUCCAGGACUGGACAUACUAGCUGCGUAUUCCAAACUGACAACAACAACAGGGUACCCUGAUGACCCUCGUCACUACGUUUAUAACAUACUCUCAGGAACCUCUAUGGCAUGUCCACAUGCCACUGCAGCUGCUGCCUAUGUCAAAUCCUUCCACCCUGAUUGGAGUCCUGCUGCAAUUAAAUCUGCCCUCAUGACCACUGCAACUCCUUUGAAAAUCAAUGACAAUUUCACGGAGCUGGGAUCUGGGUCAGGACAGAUUAGCCCAGUUAGUGCUUUGCAUCCAGGCCUGCUCUAUGACAUUGGAAUGAACUCCUACCUUUCCUUCUUGUGCAAGCAAGGCUACAACAGCACUAGCAUAGGUAUAUUAAUUGGCACAAGAGGUUUCAACUGCACAACCAUUAAGCCUGCACCUGGCACAGAUGGACUCAACUACCCCAGCAUGCAUGUCCAGCUCCUGGGUGCCAGUUCCAGAAUUUCUGCAGUUUUUUUCAGGACUGUGACUAAUGUAGGAUCUGCAAAUUCAACGUACAAGGCUAAAGUCACAGCACCCAAGGGUCUUACAGUGAAGGUCGUCCCGGAUACAUUGGAAUUUAGACAGUUGCACCAAGACCUGUCAUUCAAGGUUGUCCUGAACGGGCCUCCAAUGCCAGAUGGGACACUGUUAUUAUCUGCAUCACUUGAAUGGAGUGACUCUAAACACAGUGUUAGGAGUCCGAUAGUAGUUUUUAAGCCACAAUAUUGAACCGGAGCCUCAAGUGAACAUAUUACAUGAUAUAGGAAUUUCAGUUUUAGAAUUUUUCAUUCUUUCUUCUCCUGUAGUGUAAAUUUAUGUUAGUUAAUUGCUUUAGAUAAUGGGAAGAGAAAUUUAGACUGUCUGCUCAGAAACAACG